AUGGUUAACGCUUGUGGAUAUGGAUGGGGAUUUGGUCAAAAUGCUACUACUACUUCACGGUGGGAACAACCGCAAAUUGGAUUCUGCUUCGAUUCACAAAAUCCUCAAAUCCCUGAAGUUUGUCCACCUCCUAUUCAAAACCCCGGAGUUAUUGGCUUCGCUUAUGGUCAAGCGGUAGAAAAUCCACCUUUAGUGUCCUCAGUAUCUCCCGGUCGUUCACAACCCAACUCAUCUACAGAUAGAACCUUUGAUGUUACAUCGCCGAGACUAAAUGUUCCCCCAUCCAUCGAAGCCAUGCGACCUAAAUCAUACAUUAAUUAUUCGGAUGAAUCGUUUGCACCAUCCGCUCCUCCUGAAUCCAUUUCUCCUCAUAGUGAAUCAGUGAAAGUUAUUACAAUCACUAGGAAGGAUUCAAAAAAAUCCGAUACAACAUCUAAAACUAUAACCAAUACUAAAGAUCAACACAAUCAACGACGUGAUAGUUAUCAAGAUUCAUUAAAAGAUAUGGCUGCUCUUAUGACUGAUGUUGAAUUAACCGAUGAUAUGAUCAAUGGUAUGCGUAAACGUUUUGAUUUACAUAAUUGA